AUGCUGCAAAUCACAGAAUUUCUUGAGACCAAACGUAUCCCUAAAGAGGCGCUCGCUUGUCAUCUGCUCUUCCUGCGCUUUCAACUUGGCCUCCGCGGCGGCUGCGCUGCUCUCCGACACGCUUGUCGCGGUGCUUAUUCCACGACCUCGUCCGGAUAUCACUCCCAAGAGCCGUGCACUUUAAUGCCCUUGCAGCUCUUCUUGUGCUUGAAGAAGCUCGUGCGAGAUAUUGCCUUCUCGCGCCGCUCGCACUGCUUGGUCGCGAGGCCGUAA